CGCGUGUUCUGCAUCUCAUAUGCUUUGAUUUUCUUGUCUGCAAAAUCUUUCCCACCGGCCGACACACACACGAGUGGCUGUUCCUUGGUUCUUUGUCAUCUUAUCAUCUGCGAACAGAUAACGUCGACAAAUAGUGUCACUGACCGGAUUGUUUAUCACUAAAAUGGAACCGUCUUCAGCCGUAUCUGAACCUGGAGAUGAUUCAACUCUCAUUUCCUCUGAGCAGUCUGAGUUCAAUGGUAGCAGUGGACAAGAAAUUACAGCUAUAACGGACGCUACUAAACAUCUAAGUUUUGCGGAGGAACAAGAACAAAGUCCAAAUGUUGAGAUAAAGGAGGAAACCAGUUUGCUUGUUCUUUCAAGAUAUUUGAGUGUCGCCGUUAGUGAACAAGGAAGUCGUAAGUCUUCUGCUCUUCUCAAGGAUGAGACAAUGAGUACUUUGCUGGUUUGGUCUCUUAUGGAGGAUUCGUCAAUUAAGAUAACGACCGCAGCCCUGGAUGUUUUUGAAAUUCUUUUGACCAAUCAGCGAAACCAUACUCUUCUGCAGAAACUCCCAUGCUUUUUACCUAUGCUGGAAAGAAUUUCCAGAGAGAAAAAAUACACAUCAGAUAUUCGACAGGAUUGCGCCAACAUGCUACGUGUAUUGAAACAGGUGAAGAAACCUUUGGGCGAUCAACCAAUGUCUAGUAGGAAUAUAGAAAAUGCGGGCCCAGAAGGUCAAAAUACCAAGACGUCCACUUUAACCAGAGCUAAACAGAGGGGUCGAGAAACGAUUUUAAAAGUUGGUUCCGAAGUACUUCAACAUAACCAGAAUCGAUUAAUGAUUGAACGGGCUUUGAUUAAAAUUAAAGGUAUCAUAUCUUUGACUUUCGACCUUCCUAAGAACUACUGCAUUAUUAGAGGAAAACAAAAUAUUGGAUCAAAAGUGUUUGGAUCUGCAGUUGCCAAUCUUGGAUUUAAUGUGUCCCUUGUUUAUAAAAAUGAGCACCAAGAAGAGAUUAUGGUUUCAAUUUCGCCUGAUGAGAAGAAUGAAAUUUCGAAAGAGAACAUGCCAGAUUAUCUACCUGAAGAUGAUUAUGCCAACUCGUCAGUCGCAGAUAAUGCUAUGUGCAAGCAAAAACUACAAGACAAGAAUCCAGAGGCUUCAAUUUUCAAUUCAGCCCUCAAUUUUGUCCGCAGCUCGUUUUAUUGGUAAUUAACAUUCCAGUUUUUUGUUUCAAGCGUAGAAAUAAUUCAAUCGCGUGUUUAAUUAGAAUAAUUUUUAUAAAUAUUAUGUCGUGCUAUGCGGUUUGUUACUUUUGUACGCAAAUAUUAGAAUUUACAUAUUUAAGCAAUGAGAUAUAAAUGUCUUUUCACUAA